ACUCAUGCCCAUUUUUAUUUUAUGUAGUUACUAUCUUAUAUAUGUGACUUUUAAAUUCAAUUUUUGGUUGAGUCUUUUAAAAAAAUCUCAGGACCAGAAAAUUCAGAGCCACCAAAAUGUAGAUAGGACCAUCACCACACACCAUACAGGACAGGACUCUCCACUCUCUCCACAUCUAAAACUAAUUCCAGAUGUGAUUUCACUUCCAUGGCAAUGGGAUUUCACUUCCAUGCCUGCAAACAUGCCUCACCCAGCUGCCGGCUUUUCAUAACACAGUCCUCCGGUGACCGGAAGGAGAGCCUUCAAGAGGUGUCAAAGUGGCCACCAGCAGAGCAAUUUGCAGCAGUAGAGACCACAUUUAGGAGGCGAUUACUUGUGGGUGUUGCAGGAGCUUCUUUGGUGGCUGUGGGUGCUAAUUUUGCUGGUAUUACAAGUUUUCUUCUGGGGUUGUCACCUGAAACUGGUAGAAGUCUCAAGCUGGAUGUGCUAUAUCCAAUUGGAGGGUACAGUCGUUGCCUUGAAACAAAUGAAGGUUUUGACUUCAUAUACCCAGCAAGUUGGGUUGGAGAUCAGAGGCUACUCUACAGAGCAGCUGAGAGAUCAGAAUAUGAAAGAUCACUAGACCCACCUCCUCUAAACAAUCUGAAAUCCAGUGAUCGUCGUCGCAGAGCUAUAAACGAACCAGUGGUUGCAUUUGGUCCACCUGGUUCAAGCGGGGAGCUUAACGUCAGUGUCAUUGUUGCACCAGUUCCUCUCGAUUUCUCAAUUGAAGCAUUUGGAGGGCCAAAGGAGGUGGGAGAAGCUGUGGUUCGAACGAUCACAGGAUCGGGACAACGCCCGGAAGUGAAAGGAACUUUGGUAGAUUCAACUGUAAGGAAGGACUCACAGAGGGAGGUAAACUAUUAUGAACUGGAAUUCAGGGUUGAAAGCCCUUCAUUCCGGCGGCAUAACAUAGCUGUUUGUUGCGCUCGAGGUGGUAGGUUAUAUACCCUAAACGCUCAGGCACCAGAAUCUGCUUGGCCAAAGGUGAGAACAGACUUCCACAGAAUUGCAGAAUCAUUUAGUAUUACCUCCUAACACAAAAAAAGAUAGAAAGAUAAAGGAGAGUGUUAUACAACAAGAAAGCGUUGGCCGUCGCCAUUGGUUUUUAGAUUCAGAAAACGCCUUGGUUGUGUAGGAGAGACUGAAGUUUGUUUAUAUGCCAAUCGGUUCGGUUAUGCCAAUCCUCCUAUAAAGUUUAACAUCUAUGUAACCUUUUGCAUGAGUUGGAUUUGAACAAUACACUUUCAGAUGUUCUAUUGACAACAUAGAUGUUUGGAGAUCAACUGAUCAAUACUAGUUGGCUUUCAUUUU